UGGGGAAGAUGGGGGUCAUAGGCUCUCCAGGUCCUAAAGGUCAAACUGGACCUGGUGGCCCUCCUGGUCCUCCAGGAACUAAAGGAAUCCAGGGGCCAAAGGGAAAAGGUGGUGAGACAGGAAGUAAAGGGACAAAAGGAGCUGCUGGGGAAAUUGGACCUGAAGGCCUGCCUGGGAGGUCAGGACCUUCUGGACCACCUGGAAAACCUGGACUGAGUGGUCUGGAUGGGCUGCUGGGAGUUCAGGGUAAUGAAGGAGAUCCGGGUGACGUUGGUUACAGAGGAGCUCCUGGAACACCAGGCAGGCCUGGCAAGAUGGGAAAACCUGGAUCUCCUGGGAUUAAGGGAAACGCUGGAGAAGGCGGGGUUAGGGGUAAAAGUGGUCUAAACGGAACACAUGGGCCUCCUGGACCAGUUGGGCCAAAGGGUUUUCCAGGGCUGAGAGGGGAGAAAGGGGAAUCUGGAAGUCUUGGCACGAAGGGUCUCCCAGGUGAUACAGGGAUACUUGGACCAAUAGGUCCACCUGGAUUAAAGGGGAAUCCUGGUUUGCAGGGAUUUAAAGGUGAAAAAGGUGAUAAGGGGAAACAGGGGGACACUGGUCCUCGUGGUCCACCCGGGCAGGAAGGCUUCUCAGGAAUCCCUGGCCACCUUGGAAUGAAAGGGAUGAAAGGUGUCCGAGGCAGGAGAGGUCCAAAGGGAACGAAGGGCAAACCUGGACCUCAAGGAAAACCAGGAGCCCCUGGCAAAUGGAAGCCUAAGCAAAGACCUGUUAAAAAAUAUAGUCUUCAAACUGUACAGCGUUCAAAGCAAAGCCCCGGGCUCCUGAAGCAAAGCGAAGGGCAAGAAAAACCCAGGGGAGUGACAAGGAGAUGGUCUCAAGAAGAUGAAGCAGAGGAGUUUUUCAGCUGGCCCCUGGGCACCAAAGACGAUCCUGGAACCACCUGCCAUGAGCUGAGACUCCUACAUCCACAUCUAAAUGAUGGUUACUUUUACAUGGACCCGAACCAAGGCUGUCCCUGUGAUGCCUUGAAGGUCUUCUGUAACUUCACAGGAGGCGGAGCAACCUGCAUAGAACCUCUUCACUCACAGAUGAAAAUAUGGAGGGACCCAGAAAUGAAGAACCUGAGGACAUUGGAAAGAUUUACUCACCACCAAAAAUUUGAUUAUCCUGGCGUGGAUGCUGUCCAGCUAAAGUUUCUGCGGUUACACAGCCACUCAUCUUUCCAGCACAUCACUCUCAGCUGUACAGAAAACCAGACAAGUACUGCUGCCGCAGAUUUAGCCGGUCAGAUUAUCCACUUACUGGGAGACUCUGGCAAAGAAAUCGAUUCACACUUUGUCACAGUGUCCAGAAAACACUCUGAGCUGGCGCUGUUUGUGAGGGUUCGAGGAGAUAUGGAAUUACUUCCUGUCAGACAUCUGGGUGUAGAGAUGAGCAGUGUCUCCAAGCUUGUCUCCGAGAUCUCUGUGGUAUUGGGACCCAUCUGCUUCUUGUGACCGGUGUGUCUGGGUGUGAUGAAAGUCUUAAGAGCUCAAGAAAGAAGGCAGCUGGAUGUCUUUAGGAUUGUGAAGACAUUUCACAUCUCAUCCAGUAUGCUUCUUCAGUUCUUAAAGCAACUGGUGGAGACUCCCAGGAAAAUAAACCCCAGUGGUGGGUGUCCUGUGUGGUUGUUAACCCAGUACUGAUCAUAUGAGCCAAGGUGUGAUAAAAGGCUUUAUUAUUCCAGCUUUCUAUCAUCCAGAAAGCUGGAAUAAUAUAAAAUAUCUGUAUUUUAAAUGGAUAAUAAAAAAAAGUGCUCAGUUUUGUAUUUUGUUGUAUAUUUAUUCAGUUGUAAAAUUGUUAGAUUUUUGGCAUACGUAACAUUUUUGUUAUGAAAAUGUAGCAUCAAAUGUUCAGUUGAGUUUGACUUAUAACUUUGUAUUUACACUAAAAGUCAUCGUUUUUUACUUUGUCCUCAGCUCAGGGGAAUGCCGUCCCGCACUAUCAAAAUA